AUGUCUGGGACAUUCUCAUCAAAUGUGAAUUUUACUGUCGGACAAUUUCUCCGACGAGCUGGUAAACUUUCAGUAUUACAAGAUAUUGAAAGACAAAAUGAACAUAAUCUAUCAGAAUGUUCUUUACAAUUUCCUAAACAUCAUAAGCGACGUCACAGAAAAGAUAUGUCAAUAAAUAAUCGUUUAGAUGUUUCUAACAACAUAUUAACACAAAAUACGAUUGAGAAAACCAUCCAUCGUGCUUUUGAUGAUGCUUAUAAGAUGUUAUCUGUACUUGGUAUUGAUGUAAUUUUAAUUGAAAAUACUUCUCAUACUACUGAUUUUAGUGAAAAUUGGAACGGUUAUUCCGAUGAUGAAUCAGAUUCAGAAGAAGAUAAUGUUCAUGAUCAAUAUGAUGUAACUUCGGAAAGUUCUUCAGAGGAUGAAGCUGAUGAACUAACAAAUAACUCUGGUCACAAAAGAUCGCAAUUUAAAGGAUUACGAAUCUUCAAUGAAAUUCCUGCUUCUCAAUCGAAUUCAUACUUUCGUAUUAAUGUAGACGGAAAUGAAAAAUAUAUGCAUAAGCAAACUGCCAGCUGGCUUCUUACCGAUAAUAAACCUACACUAUCGGCAGAUCGACUUCAACGUGUACAAAAGAGAAGUCGAUAA